AUGAAGAAUUCAUCGACUGAUGCUGAUUCCGGAAGCAACUGCCAUUGCCACCAUCAUCACUAUCACCACCACAAAAUGCCAGCAUUCCUCAAGCAUGUGAGUGCUGAUGCACGUUGGGAAUACUACGCUAUCAUUCGAGACAUGUUCUCGUCGAUGAGCGAUAAGCUGAAGAAGCUCGACGAGUGGGCCAAGAAGCAAGAUCCCGAAGUAAAGAAAGGAAUGGAGGCGUACUUCAAGAAUAUUGACAUGUAUUGGAAAGAUGUCAACAAAAACGUAACGAUGACUCUCGAGGAGCUGCCAAAGGUCUAUCCGAAGGUUUAUGAGAUCAUGGCCGAUCUGGAUCUUACUCCUCGAGAAAUUUACAAGAAGAUUCGCGAGCUACAGCUCAGCAAAAUGACAUCACACUCAAUGUAUGCCGUCGCAAUGGCUGUCAUUCACACCGGAGGAGCAGAAUAUCCGUAUCUCAUGGACAACGACAUGUUCCUUGAAAGUGAGAUCAUCUACCUUUUUUCGAUAUGA